UGUCUUUUGUUAAAGGCAAGUCCUUUUUGCAGCUUGAUCCUUGUCUUUUCGUCUUCUUCUCCGAUUGCAUCUCGUACUGGGAAUUUCAAAGACCCCUUAGCAUGGAGUGCUCGAUCAAGGAUGACGUGACUCAAUUGAUAGGUAACACCCCAAUGGUGUAUCUGAACAACAUAGUAGAUGGUUGUGUUGCUCGUAUUGCGGCUAAGCUUGAGAUGAUGGAGCCUUGCUCUAGUGUCAAGGAGCGGAUUGCUUAUGGUAUGAUUAAAGAUGCAGAAGACAAGGGGUUGAUUACUCCCGGAAAGAGCACACUGAUUGAGCCAACUUCUGGUAACACCGGGAUUGGUUUGGCGUUUGUUGGGGCAGCUAGAGGUUACAAAGUAGUGCUCACAAUGCCUGACACAAUGAGCCUUGAGAGAAGAAUCAUUCUUUUAGCAUUAGGUGCAGAGAUUCACCUCACAGACGUGAAAAAAGGUGUUAAAGGAUUACUCGACAAAGCUGAAGAGAUAUUAAGCAAAACUCCAGAUGGUAUCAUACUACAUCAAUUCAUAAAUCCUGCAAACCCUCAAACUCAUUAUCGAACCACGGGUCCAGAGAUAUGGAGAGACUCUGCAGGGGAAGUAGAUAUAUUGGUUGCCGGUGUUGGGACUGGUGGAACCAUCUCCGGUUCAGGGAACUUCCUCAAGGAGAAGAAGAAAGACUUCAAGGUUUACGGGGUGGAACCUUCAGAGAGUGCGGUUCUCAGUGGAGGCGAACCGGGUCCACAUUUGAUCCAAGGUAUUGGGUCUGGCAUCAUCCCAGACAAUCUGGAUUUCAGCGUUCUUGAUGAAGUUAUUCAAGUGACAAGCGAGGAGGCAAUUGAAACAGCUAGACUUCUUGCUCUCAAAGAAGGAUUACUGGUGGGAAUAUCUUCCGGAGCUGCUGCAGCCGCGGCAAUCAAGGUGGCGAAGCGGCCAGAAAACGCCGGGAAACUCAUUGUUGUUGUUUUCCCUAGCGGUGGGGAACGUUACUUAUCGACUGAAUUGUUCGACUCGGUGAGACGUGAAGCAGAGAAUUUGACAUUUGAAUGAAGCUUAUACACUACCUGACUUGGUUCGGUUUGGUAAAAUAUAUAUUACCAAAAUAUUACCACAAUCUUUGGUUUGACAUUUACACUACCUCUAAUCCUCUAAGCCUAUAAGCUGGGGCGUUUCUUUUUUUUUUUUUUCCGUUUCAAUUUGGGUUGAUCGAUAUACUGUAUCUAUAUGUUUUAUUAAGGAAAAAUUCGGUUCAGUUUAAAUU